AUGGGCCAUAUAUUUCGAAAUAACUAUAUUGUACUAGCGACAUUGUUGCUAAGCUAUUGUCGUAUAACAUCAGCCGAUGAACGUGCUUUUUAUAAUAAUGAAACAUCCUCAGUUGACGAGCUUCCACCAUUAUCAUCAUCAUCUAUAGACUCCCUAACAGCAAAUUCAAUAUUAAGUAACACAGAGGAAUCUUCCAUAAGUACGAUAAGGUUAUCAUCAAUUUUAACCCCUACAUCAGAAAGCUCUAUUUACACUAGCACGCCAAACAUAAUAGUAGAAAGUUCAGUAACUUCGUUGAUACCGUCUUCGCAUAUAUCAGACUCCGUAGAAACAUCAUGGAACCAGUAUUCUUCAUAUACUUCAAGUUCAGAAUCUGCGACACAAUCCUUAACUUCGUCAUUCCAAAAUCCAUAUUUCAACUCCACCGCAUCGUCUGAUUCGUAUGUAAAACCAAUAAACUCACAAGACGAAGUAGGUACAACUUCACAAGUUGCUGGUACAACAAUAAUAGAAGUUACAACCACAUUACCGGAUCAGACUGUUAUAAUAGACACGAAUACAGUAGAUGGACAAAAUGAUGGUACACAAACUACAGUCAUAACUGAUAAUAAUGGGCAACAAACAGAUAUUGUCAUUCAGCCACCAGUGGUGCAGACAGAAAUUAAUACAGACAAUAACGAUCAAAAUAGCGUUGUAUCAACUAUGGAGAUUGACAAUACUCAGCCAGGUAAUACCCAAGUUCAAAUAACGACUGCAACUGAAGAAUAUAACCCCUAUCAUCCUGAAAGACCUCAAGUCAAUAAUGAUGCUGACACCGCUACUGAACCUCAAUAUACUUUGCAAACUACUAAUACAAAUAUAAACGCUGAUACAUACACUGAUAGAAACCAGUACGUCACUACUAAUUCACAACCGCAGAAUACACAAGAAACAUAUAACACUAACGACCAAGGUGCAAAAAAUACAAAUGGUAAUGCGGGCACAAUUAAUAGUGGUGAAAUAAUUGCAACUAAUAAACCUACAGUAUCCCAUAUACCUCAAGCUUCACAGGUAUCAGAGGAUUCCAAGGGGACACAUAAUACAUAUGUAUCAGAUGUAAAAACUGUAAACAAUCUACCAACCACAAUGACUCCACAACAAAAGACUGACAAAGAUGGUAUAAGUCAAACAGAGGAAGGCGGUAGUAAAAUCAUUUUAAGCGACGAAACUGGGAUACCAGUUGAUAGUACAAAAACUCCAAACACACUUAAAACUAUGGAAACAACAGCUAUAUCACAGUUAGGGGUUCAUACUUCUGCAAAAAUUGAUAAUAAUGCUGGUACUACUAGAAUCUUGGACAAAUCACAGUAUGAUGGUAAGAGUACUCUGACAAUUGCAAACGGAGUUACACAAGCCAGUUCGAAAGACAAAGUAGAAACUGCUGGAAACACGGUUAAUGAAAACCAGACUGGCUAUGUCGUCUAUUCCAAGGAUUCGAAGGCCACACACGUUAAAGAUGGUAGUAAUACAAUAACAGCUACAAAAGUUGGUGUAACGGUUGCUACUAAUAAUAAAGACUCCGGAGUAUCUGGUAAAAAUACAGCGAAUAAUGUCGUUUCUAAAACCCCUGAUAAAACAACAGAGACGAACAACGGAAUUGCUGGAGCUGUUACCGGUACAAAGACCAGAGGCUCAUCAAAAUUCAAAACAACCGUUCCAUACACUUUAUCUGCUAAUAAUGACUGGCUUCCAAGUAGUAUAAUUGUUCAAACAACAAAAGCCUCAAAGUCUGUUAGCUCGUUGAACCCCUCUUCUUUCCCCACAUCUCUACCAGCAGCCAUUGCUGCUGGAGGUGAAGUGUCUGAGCCAUCAAACACUACUUUAGUUACAAUUGGUUUUGGUUCGGAAUUAAACUAUAACUUCUUGGUCGAGAAUCCAUUAUCUUCUGCACAAAUUUUCAAUUUUCUUCCUGAAGCAUUACUCUAUCCAUUUUAUGUCGAUGAGGUAUCGUCAGACUCUGAUAUCAAAGACGACACUAUAUCCUACGAAUCUAUUUUUGUCUCAAUGACUGUAUCUGAUGGCACUACAACACUUUCUCCAACAUCAACUUUAAUUAAAAGAGCUGUAAGCUUCAUAAACGAUACUUCUGCACUUGCUCAUAUUUUAUCUCAGUCGUCCGGAAUUACCAACACCUUGGGGAAUGUAAAUAGAUUUGUAGAGCAAACAUCUACAGCAACAACUCAAAGCGGAUCGUCCACUGCAACCGCCUUAUCGACGUCUUCUUCUUCUGUUACCACUCUAGAUGGAUCUUUGAUCAAAGUGAAACAAAUAUCACCAUAUAUUGAUCCCAAAAGAGAUUAUGUGGUAUCUGUAGCAGAGGUUUACUUCCCUAGUGAUUUUAUUGAUUCGCUGAGAGCUCAUCUCGAAGAUAAAGAAUCUGUACUAUACGACAACCCUGUUCCAUCACUAAAAUCAUUAAUGAACUUAACAGACUCAUCUGUUGCUUUACAAGGUCUAGUCCAUAACUCAGCUAAUUCUGAAUCUUCAUCAGACAAUUCAGAAAACAGUGCAGUAACCGAACAAGAAGUUAACCAAGUUUUCAAAUCUUCAAUAAAGAAUGGUACUCAAUAUGGUUCAUUAGAUGUUACUGGUAUUAAAGGAUCGAGUCUAUCGACAUCAGUAAGAAACCGUCUAAUAAUAUUUCUAACAUGCUUAGUCUUCGGAACCUUUAUGUGGGUGUUAGGUUUCUUUGCCUUAUUCAGGUUCAUAAAGAGAAGACUUUUCGCUCCAAAAUCCAUAUCAUUGGAUAAUCCACGUCAUUCCAUUGUAAACAUAACCAAGAUUGGAUUAUACGGUGAUGAUAUUGGGAGUCUUUGGUCUGGUGAUAGUUCCAAUUCAUCUGACAGUUUCAAUGAAAAGGUCAAAAACAUAAUGGACAACAGAAGAUCAAGACAUAAGGGACUAAUGAGAAAGUCACAUAACGCAGAUAACUUAUCAUUAUGUUACAACAACUUCAUUGAAAAUGCCAACGGUGAUACAUUAAUAACAACCAACGGUAGGGAGUUUUCUCCAGUUAGCCAUGAAUUUGCAGAUUACACUCAUCAAACGAUAUCUAUAUCUAAUAGCUCUCAAUAUGGAACCGUCAAUGAUUCCUUUGAUUUUGAGUUGGCAAAUACACACAAUAAUCCAUUUUCUGACAACUAUAGAUUAUCACCAAGAUCUAAGACUAUCGACCUAUUCAGUGAUGAUCUGGACGAGAAUUUUGAAAUUGGAGAAGAAAUCGAGGAAGAAGAAAGUGUUGCUGACAUAUAUGUAGCAGAACUUGACGACCUCGACGAAGAAUUAUAUAAAAAUCUAAUGGGAACAAUCAAGGGAAGGGACCCUAAUGAUCCACUUUCAGUCGAAGCCAAAAAAUUGAUGGCACAAAUUGGUAAACAAUACCCUAAUACUGAUAUCAAACCAAAGGUUGACAUGUAA